GGAUAUCCACUAUAGACAUUGGCUUGCUUCAGCGCUGCGCUCGCUACCGGUGAACAGGUUCCACCCGGUCGGCCUCUUCAUGUACUUGGUCGUUUCUCCGACUGCACCUUUGCGCGUCGUUUUCCUGUUCCGCGUCGUACGAUGCAGACACGACGAUGACGGCCUCGGUGCGAUUUCUCCCGACUGGUGUGGGUCGUAUAGGCUCAUGCAGUGUGUGGGUGUGUGUAUUGGGAGGCUAUCUUUUUGUCGUUGUAUUCCGUACUGCUUGUAACACCUUUCAUUCAUUCUCGGCUCCGGAGCCGAAUUCGACGCGCUGGCUUGCCUUUGGAGUAUGUGGGGUCCGACGAAUGGCUGGUCUUGAGAUCAUGCUUGCGACCUCGUUUUCCUUCUUUCGCUUCUUAUAUAUAUUCUUUUUCUGGUUACUUGUGUGCGGCCCUUGGUCUCUGGUUUGCCUAGUCGAGGCCAGUGGGUGCUGGGGAGCGAGCGCUCGUGGGACAGACAUCGUUGUUGAUGCCAUUUUUUCUUACCUUGCAUAGAUGGGUAUGGGAUUGGGAAUUGGGAAUGGGUUGUCGGUUUUUAGGGUUUCUGGGGAAUUAUCACCACCUGGUUGUGGUCGUGGGAAUGAAUCAAUCGGAUUGCCUACUGCA